CCCCAGGUCUUAGUCACAGCCUGCCUGCUUGAGACAUCCUGGGAAAUCCCUGCUUGGAAGAGAAAAGUUAAAAUCACAGUUUCUGCGCUUAUAAGUUUAUUCUGUGUAAUUCACAUAGAGUCACCUCUGCAUUUUCAAAGAAAGAUUACCAUUGCUAUGUUCUGACAUGAAUUAAUGAUAGCUUGUGAUUUUCAAAGUUUGUAUGAUCGAUCUCAUUCUAAAAGAUAACCAUAAGAGAUUUUUUCCCCCCUUUUGCUUUCCAAGAUUCACAGAGGAAAAGCUUCCAUGGCACAUUUGGCAGAAGGCACAGCUGGAAUGAGUGCUGCAGAAAGUUCUACCGAGCAUGCAGAGAUUAUUUUAUCUCAAUCUUUUUUUUAAGUGUGCUCAGUCAUCAAGAAGGAAAACUUUGACAAGUCCUCUUGAACAUAAGAUAAGAUGCUUGGAAAAACAGAGAAAAGAGCUUCUGGAAGUUAAUCAGCAAUGGGAUCAGCAAUUUAGAAAUAUGAAAGAGUUGUAUGAAAGAAAGGUCGCAGAGCUGAAAAUGAAACUGGUCGCUGCCGAAAGAGUCUGGGGCACCCUGGAGAGGGAGCCACAGCAGCAGGAGAGAGCACAGAGUCAGAGGCUGGACACGGGGCAGCGCGACCUGACCCGGGAGCCGCAGCUGGAGAAGGAAAAGGAAAACCUAAAUGAAGAAAUACAGCAACUGAAGAAAGAGAAUAAGCUUUUGAAGGAAAAAAAUGCUCUUGUGAAUAAGAAGAGGGAACAUUAUGAAUGUGAAAUAAAACGCCUCAAUAAGGCCCUUCAUGAUGUCUUGAAAAUUGAGAGUUCUUCAUUUUCUGAGGACUGUUCUGGGAAAUCUAAAGUCAAGUGCAACCAUGCAGAGAUGAUAACGGAAAUGGAAGUCCUCAAACAGCAGGUGAAAAUAUAUGAAGAAGACUUCAAAAAGGAGCGCUCAGAUCGAGAAAGACUUAAUCAGGAGAAAGAAGAACUACAGCAAAUUAAUCAAACUUCUCAAUCCCAGUUGAACAGGCUGAGUUUUCAGAUAAAAGCUUGUCAGAUGGAGAAAGAAAAGCUAGAAAAGCAACUAAAACAGAUGUAUCUCCCAACCUGCAACUGUGGUUUAGCUUUCCACCUACCGGAUCCACGGGAACCACCAGGCCCCAGAGCUGUGCAGGAUCAACGAGAACACCCACCAGACUAUCAGUGGUAUGCUCUUGACCAGCUUCCUCCAGAUGUACAGCACAAGGCAAAUGGUUUCUCCUCAGAAAAGAAACUCAAUCUGUAGAAGUCUAUAACCCCAGAGGAGGAUGGGGAGCUAAGGGAGCCCUUAGCUGAAGGCCCUGCCUGCUUUGUAUCUUCACUGUGCCUUGCUGCUGCCGUAACUGCACAUUGCGUACCCCAUCUGACGUGUGCCUGGUAGUGUUUCCCCUUAGCAUGGACAAAGGCAUGGACAGAGACUUCUGACGACUGAGAUCCUGACUAAGCCUGAUGAGCAAAUUAUUAUACAAAUAAAUACAACUUCCAGUUUCCUCAGAAUGGGAUUUGGUAACAUGAAACUGUCUCCGACAUAUGGCUGUUGGAUUGUGAAAUUUACCAAAAUGAUUCCAUGAUUUAAGCAGCUCGGUUCUUGGUGUACUGAAAUUGUAUGUUGUAUAUAUUCCCAAGGGAAAACUUUCUGCAGCUCUAAAUUUUUAGCAUUGCUUCCAUUUUCCCCUAGGGGCUCAGUUCUGUAGGCAGUUUGAUGGGAUACUGUGUUCAUCUUUGUUGGCAUGAAUGAAGCUAAAACUAGGAUUGAAGAGGUGUAUAUACUGUGCCUCCUGAAAUUAAACAAGUGACUCAAACUGAAUAAAAUAGUAAACUUGAAACUA